CCUCCCUGCCGAUGAACUCGUGAUGAGCAAAUGGUGCAACUACAGGUAGAUACCAAGUAGAGAUUAUGGCUGCGAUCGGUACCAUGAGAGACGUGUAGGAGGAAGGGAUGGUGGUCGUCAUCCGGGAGUACGACCCAUCGACGGACCGCGACGGCGCGGAGGCCGUCGACCGGGAGUGCGAGGUCGGGCCGGCCGGCGGGAUGUCGCUGCACGCCGACAUGCUCGGCGACCCCGUCGCGCGAAUCCGCCGCUCGCCGGCCUACCUCAUGCUGGUAGCUGAGACGUCCGGGCCGGGCGGCAUGAUCGUCGGCCUCAUCCGAGGCACCGUCAAGUCCGUCGCCACCGGGAAGAGCCGCCCAGCUGGACAACCCGCCUUCGCCAACGUCGGCUACAUUCUCGGCCUCCGCGUCGCGCCUUCCCACAGGAGGAUGGGCAUCGCGCUGCGGCUGGUGCGGCAUCUGGAGCAGUGGUUCGAGCUUAAGGGCGCGGAGUACGCGUACAUGGCCACCGACAAGUCCAACGAGGCGUCGGUGCGGCUCUUCACCAGCCGGUGUGGCUACUCCAAGUUCCGAACGCCGUCGCUCCUCGUGCACCCCGUGCACUCGCACAGGCUCCGGGCGCCGCGCCGAGCCGCUAUCGUUCGGCUUGGCGCCCGUGACGCCGAGCGGCUAUAUCGCCGACGGUUCGCUCAGGUCGAGUUCUUCCCCGCCGACAUCGGCGCCGUCCUCGACAAUGAGCUCUCCCACGGGACGUUCCUGGCGGUCGUCGACAACGGGUACGAGUGGCGCGGGAUCGAACACUUCCUGGCGUCGCCGCCCACGUCGUGGGCGGUGGCGAGUGCGUGGGACUGCGGUGGCGUGUUCCGCCUCGAGGUGCGCGGGGCGUCACGCCUGCGCCGCGGGGCCGCGGCCGCCAGUCGCGCGCUGGACCGCGUGGCCAAGUGGAUGCGCGUCCCGUCCAUCCCAAACUUCUUCCGCCCGUUCGCGGGGUGGUUCGUGUACGGCCUCGGCGGCGACGGCGACGACGCGGCGCUGGCCGCGGAGGCGCUCUUCGCGUCUAUGGUCAACAUGGCGCGCGGCAGGGCAGCGGCCGUGGCCAUGGAGGUGGCGGCCUGCGAUCCCCUCCGGCGCCGCAUUCCGCACUGGCGCCGCCUCUCGUGCACCGAGGACCUGUGGUGCAUGAAGCGGCUCGGCGGCGGCGGCCACGCGGACGGAUGGGAUUGGGCCAGGUCGGCCCCCGGCAACUCCAUCUUCGUGGACCCCAGGGAGGUGUGACUCUGGCUAGCGACCGCUUGCAAGUAGAACUAGCACUCUGGUUUUUGGCCCUCUGGACUUUGUGAUCUUUUUGCCUUCAAAUUUAGCACUUAAUUUCCAUAGUUAUUACUUACUUUUAGAAGGCGAGAUUUCAUAGGAUAACUGUCUUUUGUAGAAUCAGGAAGUACGGCAAUGGAAUCGAUCAUGUGGAUA